AAGAUCAUUUGAUGAGGACGGAUACUCUCAACCCAUUCGACACCGACAAUGGGCAACUCUUCGCAGCCUGUGGCUUAGAUAGCAAACUGCUGGAUGACAUGGACUUGGCCAGCUUAACAUCGUCGAACACAGAUGACCCUAUGGUGGAGUUAGCCGAUCUACGAAGACAGGUGGUUUACCUUCAGGGUGAGGUCGAAGAUCGUGAACGCACAAUACGUUUACAAAAAAAUAAAAUUGAAUGUUUGGAGUUGAAAAGGCCGGAAAUCAGUAGUGACACCACAAAGGAAUGCAUAAAUACAGCAACACAAACAGAUAGGACACGACCUUAUUCAUAUGGUCCGGAGGGAUUGUCAAGAAGUAAACCCGAGUACACCAGCUACACGACGCAUUAUCAUCCCGCAGCUAGUUGCAAUAACAACAGCAUAUGCAGCAGCGCCAACAACAGCAACAACCACACUCUUUGUCCACACCACCAACAACAACUGCAACACAACUGCAAUGGCAGCAAUAAUAAUCUCCCAGUUGCCGCUACAGAAGCAGCAUCUCAACAAAUACGACGUCACACCAUCAUAUCGACCACUCUGAGCAAUUACAACAAUCAACAGUUGGCAAUGGCACCGCGACGUGCUUCAAUCGCGUGGGAAAAGCCAACAGCGACAGCACCCACAACAGCCGCUACGCUGACCCAGACAUCAGCCGCUGGCACAGGAAAACACGCGCCAACCGCAAACAUUUACAAGCCCGUGAAAAUUACACUAAUCGGCGAACCAUUGAAGCAAUGGCAAUGGAAUGCUGUUGGCAAUGGCAAGACUGCUGCUACUCAAAGUAAUGGCAGCAACAAUACGGCAAUAAGCAAUGGCAGUGACAAAGUCAGUGUGAAGUGUGAAGCAGCGGGCGGAAAAAUUAGUGGUAACGGUACUCGUAGUAGUGUUGGGAUGUGUAAUAGUCGUACGAAUGGCCUUUCGAAAGUAUACAAAAACAACAAUGGCUUGUGCAAUGGUGGGUCAGCAGGUUCGUGUGGCAGCAAUGGAUAUGCGAAUGGUAAUAGCAAUAAUUACGAGGCAAAAGCAAUUGAGGGUGUUAGGAAUGUCAAGCAGAGUGGCUACAAUGGCAUUGGUGUCGGUGUUGGUGUCCGUUUGGGUAAUGGCGAACAAAAGCUAGCGACGUGUCAGUCCAACCAAAAUCAUCAUACACAGCAUCUGCAUACGCAGCAGGCACUGGCACAGACGGAACAACAGCAGCAAACACAUGUGCAACAUGCAAGCAAAAUUGUUUAUCAGCAGCAGCAGCAGCAGCAGCAGCAACAACAACAGCAAAACCCACUGCAAGUCUAUCAAACGUCUAAUGGCAGCAAUGGCAAUUUCUAUCCAACAGUUACUAUAGUCUGAGCGCGAAUGUAUUGUAAUUAGCUUGUAAUGCCUGAGAUUCAUAUUAGAAUUACUAUUACUUACGUAUACAUACAUAAGUACGUAAAUAAAAACAUAUGUACAUACACAUAUGAUGUUUAGAAACAUUUUUGAAAGAAUUUCUCAACAGCUGAUAUUUUUAAAUUUUGUAGAAUUUAUAUUUAAAAGUAAAUACACAAAAGCCCAAUUUGUAAUCUGUCGGCCAAGUUUUAAAAAACUUUACUUAUAGGCAGUUUCCACGACGCCCAUGUUGCGCAAUUUCAACACUGUUCUCAAUUUCAGCUGAAAUGACGAUACGAUUCGCAAAUUGGCUUUACAAUAACCUGUCACCUGAAAUCUAGUAUGAAUCUCAAUUUCAGUGACAUUGAAACGAAAUUACCACAAUUUCGCGAAUGCAACUGUACAGAGUAUUUAUUUCGAAAUAUUAAUGAGCGAAAAGAAGAAAAACAAACUUCAAUAACAAACAAAUAAAAAAAAAAACAAAGCAUAAAACACAAAAUAUUAAACAAAAACAAACCGAAAUUAAGAUGAUCAUGUAAACAGCUAUAAUUUCAAAUUGAAAUUGAGGGUUGAAAAUGCGCCUCGGGGAAAUUCACUUUUAAUUUGUCUUAAAUCAACCCGAAUUGUGGAAUCCCAUUGAGACGAUGCAUGUAACAUAAUGUGAGAGUACUUCCCAAAAUUGCAAGAUUUCGAAUUUGUUCGAAAGCGGUCCUUCACGGUAUGCGUGCAAAUGAAAUAAGUUAUUAUGAGUAUACUAGUUAAAAAUUGCGUUUGACCUUUCAAACAGAAUACAUCUGUCACGCAAAACUCACAAGCCUCUAUAUAAAAACCGUUAAUACACAUACCAAUAUUUUACGCAUUAAAGAAAUGAUGUGAAUAAAAUUUAAAGCCCGAUGACUUAGUUUUGAGAUGAUGUGUAUGUAGAGUGUUCUUGAUUUAUUUCUAAUUUGUAACAGAGCUACGAGCUUUGCAGACUCUGCUUUUAUACUUUUCCUCAUAGCCUAUUCAUGCCAAUUACUAUUUCCAAUUGAGUUAAGAGUAUUAGAGUUU